CACUGCUUUGUCACUACCUAUACGGCUAUAGCCUCCUAUACAUACAAAAUUGUGUAUGUAUAUACCCAAACUUGUGAAUUCUACUCCGGAGCUUACUAAGCACAACCAUUUCUCACUUUAAUUUCUGCAAACUAGAUCCUAUUUUGACUAAGCAGAUCAAGUCUCGAAUUGUCGGUGAUCGAGUGAUUGAGAAUGUUGUGAACAAGUUGGAUUAGGUUUUGAUUGCGAAUUUUGCGAUUUUGGUUGUUAAAUUGAGUGAUAGCUAGGGUUGCUUGAAUUAGUGGGAGUUUUGUGUGUGUGUUUUAUUUAGGGAUUGUUGGAUUUUGAUUAUUUUGGUUUUUAGGUUUUAGCGAUUUUUUGUUCGGGUGUAUUUUUGGUUAUGAUUUGGUAGUUUGUGUUGUUGGUGUGAUUUGAGGAGUAGUGUUUAGGGAGCCAUGUCGAAAGUUGUUUAUGAAGGAUGGAUGGUUCGGUAUGGGCGGAGGAAGAUUGGACGAUCGUAUAUUCAUAUGAGGUAUUUUGUUCUCGAGUCCCGGCUGCUUGCUUAUUACAAGAGGAAGCCUCAGAAUAAUGUGGUUCCGAUCAAGACGCUUGUCAUCGACGGUAAUUGUAGGGUUGAAGACCGUGGCUUGAAGACCCAACAUGGUCACAUGGUUUAUGUUCUAUCAAUAUACAACAAGAGAGAGAAUUACCAGCGAAUAACGAUGGCUGCAUUCAAUAUCCAGGAGGCACUCAUCUGGAAGGAAAAGAUUGAAUCUGUCAUUGAUCAACAUCAGGAAUCAUUAGUUGCCAAUGGUAAUAAAUACCACUCUUUCGAAUACAAAUCUGGGAUGGAUAACGGAAGGAAUGGUUCAUCGUCAGACCGUGAAAGUCAGUACAGUGCUGCUGAAGACGAAGAUGAGUCAGAGUCACAACCUAAUUUGUUACGGAGAACCACAAUUGGGAAUGGUCCUCCAGAAUCUGUAUUUGACUGGACUAAGGAAAAAACAGAUUUGGCAAACCAAAACACUAAUAAUCAGGCAUUUUCAAGAAAACAUUGGCGCCUUCUUCAGUGUCAGAAUGGAUUGCGCAUCUUCGAAGAGCUUAUUGAAGUUGAUUUACUUCCAAAAAGCUGUAGUAGAGCAAUGAAGGCUGUGGGUGUUGUGGAGGCGACCUGUGAAGAGGUUUUUGAGCUCAUUAUGAGCAUGGACACAACACGGUUUGAAUGGGAUUGUAGCUUUCAGUAUGGUAGCUUGGUUGAAGAGGUCGAUGGACAUACAGCAAUUCUCUAUCAUAGACUGCAGCUAGAUUGGUUUCCAACCUUUGUAUGGCCUCGUGACCUUUGUUAUGUGCGUUAUUGGCGGCGCAAUGAUGAUGGGAGUUAUGUUGUAUUAUUUUGUUCAAGGGAGCAUGAGAACUGUGGUCCGCAACCAGGAUUUGUUCGUGCACAUAUUGAGAGUGGUGGCUUCAAUAUCUCGCCCCUGAAACGUCGGAAUGGGAGGCCAAGAACGCAAGUGGAGCAUCUCAUGCAAAUCGAUCUGAAAGGAUGGGGUGUGGGUUAUGUUUCAGCAUUUCAGCAGCAUUGUCUACUUCAGAUGUUAAACAGUGUUGCGGGCCUGCGCGAGUACUUCUGUCAAACUGAUGAAAGGAAUGCACCUCCAAGAAUACCUGUAAUGGUAAAUAUGGCAUCUGCUUCUGUUCUGCCAAAGAAGGGUCUAAAGCUGCAGGAGGAGGCUCUUCAUAAUCGUAGUCAUUCUCAUGACCAGACAAAUGCUAACAAAAAUUCAAUGAUGGAUGAAUACUCUGACGAGGAUGAGGAGUUUCAGAUACCUGAUGAUGAGGCAUGUGCAAGCCGUCUUGAUAGUGAUUAUAAGAAAAUUGCCAUCGAAGAAGAACCUAGGGUUGAGAUUGAUCUAUCAUGUUUUUCGGGUAACCUUCGACGUGAUGACCGUGAGAAGAGUCGUGAUUGCUGGAGAAUCGCUGAUGGAAACAAUUUUCGAGUGCGUAGCAGACAUUUUUGCUAUGACAAGUCAAAGAUUCCUGCAGGUAAACACCUUAUGGAUCUUGUUGCUGUUGAUUGGUUUAAAAACACAAGACGGAUGGACCAUGUUGCUAGACGCCGUGGUUGUGCAGCACAGGUUGCUUCUGAGAAAGGACUUUUUUCCAUUGUGUUUAAUCUACAAGUACCGGGCUCCACACAUUACAGCAUGAUCUUCUAUUUUGUGAUGAAAGAAUUGGUGCCUGGAUCUCUUUUGCAGCGGUUUGUUGACGGGGAUGAUGAGUUCCGUAACAGUAGACUAAAGCUUAUCCCAUCAGUUCCAAAGGGAUCUUGGAUUGUGCGCCAAAGUGUAGGAAGUACCCCUUGUUUGUUGGGGAAAGCAGUUGAUUGCAACUACAUACGUGGUCCUAAUUACUUAGAAAUUGAUGUCGAUAUUGGUUCUUCUACUGUGGCCAAUGGAGUUCUGGGGCUUGUUAUUGGGGUAAUUACAAGUCUUGUAGUAGAAAUGGCUUUCCUUGUUCAGGCAAACACUACAGAUGAAUUACCAGAGCGGUUGAUAAGUGCUGUCCGAGUUUCUCAUAUAGAGUUAUCAUCUGCGAUAGUCCCUAAUCUGGAGCCAGAUUCAUCCAACUAAGUUUCAACAAUAUCGUAUCAUACUAGUGCUUUAAUGAAGGUAAUAUAUGCCUUGGGUUCUGCCAUCAGUAGUGCACACUUUGUUCAGAUAUAGUGGAUCCGUAAAUUUGUGUAUCUGAAAUUACCCUCUAUAAUGUAAAAGAAGUGCACAUUCUAAAUGUUUAAAUAUAUCAAAUUCCUUGGAGAAGGGAAGUACAGAAGAAAGGGAGACUGACAAAAACAGAAGGCACAAAGUGUAACAAUACAUCCUUGCACGGAUAGAGUAUACAUCCUUGCAUGGACACAGUACAUGUUGUGUACAAGUUGAUUAACAGUUUUCUGAAUAUUAAUGCAUUUGAAAAUCUUUUAAAUUGAGCAAAUUGAAAUAAAUCUCCAAUCCUCAUUACCUGA